GAGUUAAGGUGCGCGGUACCUGUGGGAGGCGCUCGGUAGCGGCAGCAGUUCGAGGAGGCUGAGGACCGCCUGUUUGGUUUAGGUUUCACACUCAUUCAAACUGUCCACGGUUCACCACAUCUCAUCUGCAUAAUCCUGAGGUCGUUAUCAGUGUUUCAGGUGUGGAAUUCAAGAAUGCAUGAUUGCGGCUGAUGAGCUGCUGGAAAAGGAUUAACAGGUUUUAAUUGCUCAACCUUUGAUCUGCCCACCUUUGCUCUCUCUUACCACUUUCUGCUGAGAAAUACACAGCUAAACACAAUUGUCUGCUUAAGGUGCAGUGCUGAGAAUGUGUGCUUGCUGAAUAUCCCACCUGCGUGCAUCCACUUGUUUUUUGCCUCUCGUUUGGGUUUUGUCCCGUCUUUUGCUUUCAUUCUUCUGUAACAAAGCACCCACCAUGUCACAGCCACCUGAAGCAGAGCCUGUUACUGUGGUACCAGCAGAACCAGCAACAACUACUGAGCCAGCAUCUGCCACAACACCUAGAACUUCAUUCUGGAGGGAAAGGAGAAAAAUCCCAGAGAGGACAGAUGAGUUCCUGCUGGCCAGGCUUCAGGGUGAUGGAGUGAGAUAUAAAGCCAAGCUCAUUGGUGUGGAUGAUGUUCCAGAAGCCAGAGGAGAUAAAAUGUGUCAGGAUUCCAUGAUGAAACUGAAGGGCAUGGCGAUAGCUGCUCGUUCUCAAGGCAAGCACAAACAAAGAAUAUGGGUGAACAUCUCUCUAACAGGAAUCAAAAUUGUUGACGAGAAAACUGGGGUGAUUGAGCAUGAACAUGUGGUGAAUAAGAUCUCAUUCAUUGCUCGCGAUGUCACUGAUAACCGGGCGUUUGGAUAUGUUUGUGGAGCAGAGGGGCAGCACCAGUUUUUUGCUGUUAAGACAGCUCAGCAGGCUGAGUCUCUGGUCACUGAUUUGAAGGAUCUGUUUCAGCUGAUAUUCAAUAUGAAGAAGAAAGAGCAGGAGGCUGCACAGAAGGGUGAAGGAAAUAGCACCGUGACUGAGAAUGGUGGUGAUGCUUUACUCACCUUGGAUGGUCAAGAAAAUGCUGUAAAAACUGUAGAGCAAAUGGACCUGUUUGGUGAUAUGUCCACUCCACCUGACAUUCACUCUCCGACGCCUGAGAGUGUUCUGCUCCUUGACUUUGCUUUUGUGAUUGAUGGCAAACAAGGAAAUCCUUUCAUCUCAUACCCAUCCCGUCUCUCCAAUACACCAGAUGACAAACCUGUUUCAUCCAUAUCAGAUCUUUUCCUGACUUAUAGUACCGAUCCCUUCAGUGAUGAUCCCUUUUCUUCCUUGAAUGAUCAAUCAGAUUCCAUGUUCUCUUCCAAAAAUGAGUCAGCUCUUUCUAGUUUCCUUUUGAAUGGGCCAGAUUUGCAGCAAAGCCUGAGUGAAGACUCCUCUUCAAACAGUCAGCAGGUUAAUGGACUGUCCAAUGACCAGUUGUCACAUGAAAGCAAAGUAAACCAGCUUCCUUUGAGCGAUCUGAAUGACAGCAAUUCCCCGUUUAGCCAGAAUCCUUUUUUGAGAGCCACAAUAAACAACCCACCAAUCUUAAAUGGGUUAUACAAAUCAGGUCCUCCUGUUCUCCAAACCCAUCUUAGUUAUAGAUCAAGUAAAUCAGUGGAAUGGUUUCAAACCAACCUGCCAAAUUCUGUUCAAAAUGGAGGCUUGAUGGUCCUUUGCCCCCCACCUCAAAGCUCGAAAACUGGAUACAUGCGGAGGAGAGAGAAGUCACCUGGAAAUAAUCUGUUUGGAGCUGAACUUUUUGCUCCACCAGCCCAGAAUGAGUCUCAGACCUCAAAUCAGACCUCAUCCAUUCCAGCAGAUUUAUUCAACACCACAACAUCCUCCACCGUCAAUGCCCUUGGGUCAUUGUCUCUGGGCUCUACUUCUGUCACUCAGACUCCUGGGACAGCUCCAUCUCUGUGGAGUCAGACUCCCACAAUGUUUCCUCCUCAGGGUGGUGUUCCUCAAGUAACAGUUCCAGUACAGCCAAACUCUUUUCCUCAACCACCUGCCUUUGGAGGCCUACCUGCACCCGCAUGGGGGCAGCAAGGGGUUUCCCCUUUUGGUCCACCAGCUGUCACUCAAGCCUGGGGUCAACCAGGAACUGCAGCACCUGGUGGUGCCUGGUCCACCUCUUGUCCUGUGGCAAGCCCUUUUGCAAACCAAUUUGCUCCCAUGAUGCCUCCUAAUGCAAUGAUGGGUAUGCAGCAGAGUGCUGUAGUUCCUCCUCGACCUCCACCCCGUCCUCCUGUGAAGGAAGAUCCCCCAAUGGUCAAAAGCGCCUUUACAGCUUUGGACCCCCUAGGGGAGAAAGAGAAGAAGACUGGAAAAGAUAUGUUCAAAAAUUUCCAGAUGGUUAAGCCCCAGAAAGCAGAAGAAGGAACUGGUCCGGGCACCAAUGGCUCAUUUGACCAUUACUUUUCCAGCAAGGUUGGCUUGGCUCAGGAGGUGGCAGAUCAUGAUGACUUCGACAUAAACCAAAUCUCAGUUAACUCAAAUGGGACCUCCAAACUUGCUCCUCAGCAGUCUCCUCCUACUCGGGGAGUACCUCAGGGAGCAGGUCUGACUCCGACCCUGGCCCAAGCCACAGGGCUUUUGGAUGCUGCCUUCACUCCUAAUCCAGCCCCUGCACCCACAGCAGGCUCCAACCUCUUUGAUGACACUUUUGGAACUAUCCCUUUUGGAGCACCUCCCAUGAAUACAAGCACUCCAGCCACUCAGACUGCUGCCCUUGCAGAUGCUUUUGGAGACCCGUUUGGGGGAAAUCCUUUUGCCUGAGAAACUUUAGCACUGUUGUACACUCCCACUGAUCCAGUGCUACUGAGCCGGGGGACCACACAAGCACUGUAGGGUUACGAUCAGCAUUCUACUACUGGGAAAAGAAAUGUGCUCGUAAAACCCUUUUUGUUGUAUUCUGUGCUGCACUGUUCUCAUUCCCACUAUAUAUCUGCUGUAGCCUCUCUUUAUGUGCCUUUCUAACUGAUCACAGGUCAGCCCUUCUUCUCCAGCCCAUUCAAAUGAACCCAUUUCAAUCCCAAGUCACUCAUGAAAUAAGAUGCACAGUUAAAGUAGAGAAGGAGAGGGAAUAAAAGAUGAUGAACGUUUUUGCGCACAUGAUUUUUCUGUAUGAAAGUAUCCCAAGCAUUUAUGAUGAAGUAAAAGUGCUUAAUCCUAAUGAUUUGUCAUUAAAGAAAGUUAGUAAAUA